CUUUUGUAGGGCAAAGACACGAGUUAAUUUUCGAGAUGCAGCAUCACUGGAUAAAUACUGGAUGUUUUCUGGAUGAGGAGAGGAGGAUGCUAUAAUUCACCUCCCCCCUUUCUCUCUCCUCCCUCCUCCUCUUCCCACAGCACGUAGUCUGGUUGAUUUCACUUUUCAUUUCACACACACCUCUCCUCUUCUCCUCUCCGAUCCACCCAGCCGACCAGGAGACUCCGUCCAUCCCAGCACACUGCGCUGUCAGUCGGAUCGAGCCUCCUUUCACUUCACCAUCUGGAUGCUUUUUUUUUUUCUUUUUGCACGUAGACAAGCCACGUUUUUGGAAAUGCACCGAAGAUGUUAAAAUCUUCCACCUGAGAUAUAUAAAUAACCACGAUGCCCAAGCCAGGGACGAUCCGGCUGUGAUGAGACGGGAUUAAAAACAAGAAGGUGUAACUACAGGCAGCGCACACAGGACUGAACCACAAACAGAGGCCUCAUUUUGCUGUCGGCAUGGCUGCGAACAUGAUGCCAACUCCCGCCAUGUGGCCCGGGGAGGAACAACCGUCGCUGCUGGACCAGGAAGGCUCCCCGCCGAGCCAAGCCCCCGUCUCAGUGCCGUGUCCACCAGCCAGAGGUGAAGAGCUCAUCCACAGCAGCAGCAGCCCAGCCAGCACCAGGCCCCCCCGAAGCAAAUCCAAAGGAGAGCUAGUCAUAGUCAUCAACGAGAAGCUGAAGAACAGUGUAGGUAACGGGAUCCACCCAGGGCCUGCAGAGAGCACCUCCCCAGUCAUCUCCUCCCCUCCCAGACGACAACACUCCAUCUCUUACCCUCAUCACGGCAAGACUAGGAAGGGCAGCAGGGCCAGCUCCAUCGGCUACACCGCCUUCUCUCCGAGGCCGUCGCUGUCCCGCCACUCCAGCAUCGCCACCAACCCCCCACUAGACCGCACCAAGGUCAAAGACUACCUCCUCCUGUCCGUGCUGGCCUGCUUCUGUCCCGUCUGGCCCAUCAACAUUGUUGGCUUUGUCUACUCCAUCAUGUCCAAGAACAGCCUCGAGCAGGGGAACCUGGACGGCGCCGUGCGUCUGGGUCGCGUGGCCAAGAUGCUGUCCAUGGUGUCUCUAGUAGGAGGGACGGUCAUUAUCAUCGCCUGCAUUGUCAACCUGGCCAUAAAUGUGAAAACCUGAGUUUCAUCCCAGGAUGAAACCGGAUAAGACAACUGACCAUCUGGCCCGCACCUGCACCAUCUUUACCGCCUAGUCAUUACCUGGAUGUGUGACAAAAUAUGCACCCGAUAUACAGUGCUUUCUCAUAUUUCUGUAAUCUAUAUAAAUCCCUUUUGCUAAUGGAAGAAAAUAAAAUAUGCAAAAUGCCACUCUGAGUCUGGGGGAGGGGGUUGGGGUGGGGUUUGCUUUGUCCGUCUGAUGUUGGAGAAGGGAGUCAGACUAAUCAGUCCCUUCGUAUUCUGGCCCACACAUUCAGAACGAUUCUUAAGAAAACUCUUCGAGAAUCCCAUCACCGCCCCGCAGAACUGUUGGACUAGAAAACCAGUGCAGGUGGUUACAGAACAUAAAGCAGGAAGGACCGGCCCCACCGACACCCACCAGCUCCAGCUCCAUGACUAAAUAUCCAUCCGUCACCACACCAACAACAGGGACCCAUCAGAGUUUCAGCUAAAUCCCCUCAGACGCAUGGAGGGUGGGCUCUGGGAUUUGGGUUCCACUGGAAUCACACAACAGAAAAAUCAUCUGUUCCCUUCCCCCUCCUCAGAGAGAAGAAGAAACACUUGCAGUCACAGAGUGUCCUCUUGUUUCAGACUAUCCUCUGUGGCUCUUCUGACUCCACGACGCCCUACAUCUUGUGUCUGAGUGUACGGGUGGCAACAAGAGGAUGAAAGAGAGGCUUUCCAAGGACUAGCUAUGGGUGCUAAAAUGAAAGGGAUUAUGGAAAGUCUCGCAGAGAAGGCACACUCAUCACUGCAAGGAAAAAAAAAUAUGUGCCAAAUAGAAGAAUUUAAAGUUUGUAAAGACCCAAUUCUGGUCGCAGGAUUGUUGUAGAGAGGAGCAUCCAAGUGUGUUUGUACUCUGCAGCAGCUUUACACCACUGACCACUGUGAGCCGGACAACAAAACCCCCCAAACUGUAGCAAAGAUACUCGACCGCUCAUUUUACAGUGAAGCUAGUGAUGCUACAUCAUUUGUCUUUUUGAUAAUGUUUGUAAAAGAUCCUUUUGAAAACAGAUUUCGUAACGUGAUGCUGUUGUGCCGCAGUCGACAGAUGGUGGUAGUGCUGUGUGUGUGUGUGUGUGUGUGUGUGUGUGUGUGUGUGUGUGUGUGUGUGGGCAUCACUAUUUGGUUAACAAAUUAAAUAGCUCGUGAUUGCAGCCAAAGAUGUGGCCUCAGCCUGCACUCACAGCUACUCUGUGCUUUCAAACCGAGACACACUGCAGCGCUCUGAACAGUUGAUUUUAACCCCGGAUGUGUCAGCACCUUUAUAUACUGUACACCCUUUCUGUUGUCGUACACACUUUUGAUUCAGACAGGGUUUCAUGACCGUGAGAUUUAAGUAGCAGUGCGAUAGCAAUAGUGUAGAGAGCUCAUUUUCAGUACUGGUUUGUUAUUCUUGCUCUAUUAUCUCCUGUGUAUCCUUAACUAACCUCUUAUCUUUAUCUACCUGUGAUUCUCACUGUGAUCUGAAACAGAAGCUCUCCUUAUUUACUGUGUCCUGGAUUUUUGAAUCAUGUACAGAAAUCACCUGCAGACAGUUUCUGUAAAGAUGAAAAUGACUCCCCCCUCCCCUUUGUAAUAAUGUAAAUUUAAUUGUAAUCAAUGGUUGAUGUAUUCUGCAGAUAUAAAUCUCAAUAUUGUGAUAAUUCUCUAGUUGAUAUGAGUUAGCAUUAAGUAGUUCUGAGCUAAUGUAAGCUCAGAAACUGUCAGAUAGCUUCCUGACAGUCAUUGUAUUCCCAUUAAGCUUCUAUAAUCUCUGUGGUUAUUGGCAUGUUGUGGGGUUUUUUUUUCUUUUUUUUUUAAAUGUACGAUGAUAGAAAAUGACAAAGAUGAGCUGGUACUUGGAAUAUUAUACUUCUGCAGCACAUUCAUAAUAAAGACACAAUGCAUGUA